UAGGUUCCUAUUUAUACUUUGUAAUUCCCAACUCCUCAUAGCAGUCAAUACAACUUGUCUUUCACAUGAACCUUGCUUCUUUCACUAUUAAUCUGCUACGGAGGACAACUUUCAGAAAAAUAGCAAUUCAAAUGAGUCCUCUUACCCCUACCACACGGGAGUUCCGAACAUUGGCUCAAUGUCCUCAACUUGCCAUUAGCGAAGCACAAGAUGAUCUUGAUAUUAGAAUUAAAUAUCGUCCUUUCUUAUUGGACCCAGAAACUGAAGCUACAGAUUGGAUUUCUGAACUAGAGUUAGACUCUGUAAUUACUCAAGUGGAAGAGAAUCUAGCGAAAACCAACUCCAGAAUAAAGGUCUUGGUACUUUAUGGAAGCUUACGGCAACGGCAUGUUCCAGUUUUAAUGUAAAAUGUAUAAGUCGUAUCUAACAAGUGUCCAAGCUCCUAUUCAAAGUUAAUGGCCUUCGAAGCUUCCCGAAUUCUCCACCGUCUCGGCUGCGACGUCCGAGUCUUCAACCCAAAAGACCUUCCCAUCCGCGACUCAGUCGAUGACUCUCACCCAUCAGUCCAAGAACUUCGAGCACUAUCCCUUUGGUCAGACGGACACAUCUGGUGUUCCCCGGAACAACACGGUAACCUAACCGCUGUGUUCAAAAACCAAAUCGACUGGAUCCCUCUCUCCAGCGGCUCGGUCCGUCCAACGCAGGGCCGCACUCUCUCCCUCAUCCAAGUCAACGGCGGAAGUCAAAGUUUCAACGCGGUUAAUAGUUUGAGGAUUUUGGGUAGGUGGAUGAGAAUGUUUACUUGUCCUAAUCAGAGUAGUUUGCCCAUGGCUUGGAAACAGUUUGAGGAUGAGGGAGGGGAUGGGAGUGGAAGGGCGAGAUUGUUGCCUAGUUCUAAUAGGGAGAGGUUGGUGGAUUGUAUGGAGGAGUUUGUUAGGGUUACGGUUGUUAUGAGGGUUAAUUUGGAGGUGUUUGGGGAUAGGUUUAGUGAGAGGAGGGAGAGGGUGGAGAGGGAGAGGAAGGAGGAGAUAAAGGAGAAGGAGAAGAAGGAAAAAAAGCAGAAAGAGAAGAUGGAUGGAGUAUCUGGGGAUUAGAUUCGAUAUAGUUUUGUAUUUAGAUUUAUAUUGGAUUUAGAUUUAGAAUUCACUACCGUAGAUGA